GAGCUGGGAAAGUGAAAGAAGGAGAGGUGGGAGAGAGAGAGAGUGAGAGAGAGAGUGGGAGAGUGAGAUGUCACGGAAGAGACGGCGAGCAGCUCGCAGGCUGCCUGACAGACUCCCACAUGAAUGUCUUUUCACACCUAGGUCUCCCCACGUGGGUGUCCCAUGAGAGAAGCCAUGCCCGUCCUAACAGCAGGCAUAGGGCUACACGAAACGUUGGCCCUUCUGACCUCCCAGCUGCGUCCAGACGCCAACCACAAGGAGGACAUGGUCUUCCUGAAGGACGUCUUCAGCGAGAAGAGCCUGGGAUACCUGAUGAAGAUCCACGAGAGGCUGCGUCUGUACGAGUGCCAGUGUCCCGCCCCCGUCCUGCACAGUGCCUCGUCUCUUGUGGAGGAUGUGGCAGAGGAGCUGCAGAGCAAAUCGAUGAGCAGCAACGAGAAAGAGCUCCUGCACCUGCUGAUGUCACCACACUUCAAGGCGGUCCUCUUUGCACAUGACACCGUCGCACAGAAGAACUUUGACCCUGUGCUGCCGCCGCUGCCUGACGACCUGGAGGAUGAGCUGGAGGAGGCGACAGUGAAGAUCGUGCGUCUGGUGAAGAACAAGGAGCCGCUGGGGGCGACCAUCCGGCGAGAUGAGACCACAGGGGCUGUUGUCGUCGCCCGGAUCAUGAGGGGCGGGGCUGCUGACCGUAGUGGUCUUGUGCAUGUUGGUGACGAGCUCCGGGAAGUGAACGGCAUCUGCAUCGCACACAAAAGGCCCGAUGAGAUCAGCCAUCUGCUGUCCCAGUCUCAGGGUUCCAUCACUCUCAAAAUAAUCCCGGCCGUGAAAGAGGAGGACCGGCUGAAGGAAAGCAAGGUGUACAUGAGGGCUCUGUUUGACUACAACCCCUCGGAGGACAAAGCCACGCCCUGCCAGGAGGCAGGCCUGCCUUUCAAACGCGGGGACAUCCUACAGGUGGUGAGCCAGGAUGACCCCACCUGGUGGCAGGCCAAGAGGGUGGGGGACAGCAACCUCCGGGCCGGCCUCAUCCCCUCCAAGAGCUUCCAGGAGAGACGGCUGGCAUACAGGGUUAAAAUGGGCACCAUGCCCCAUCUGCGGUCCCCUGGACUACCACUCUCAGCAGACGACCAGGGCUGUGAGAAAGAGGACUCGGACUGUGAGGGGUAUGUCAAUGGACAUUACAUAGUUUCUCCUAAGUGUAAGCCUGUUGCGCCCUCCUGUGGCCAAGCCUUUUCCUGGGAGUUUUACACAGCUGGUCUGAGAAGGAGUUUCCGUCUCAGCCGCAAGGGGCGCCCGGACACUCCUGACGAGACUCCACCCGAGUCAGAAUUCUUGACCUACGAGGAGGUGACACGAUACCAGCAGCGUCCUGGUGAACAACGGCCCCGUCUAGUGGUGAUGAUUGGAUCCUUGGGAGCACGGAUUAAUGAGCUGAAGCAGAGGGUGAUAGCGGAAAACCCCCAUCGCUACGGAGUGGCAGUUCCUCACACCACCAGGCCCAAGAAGACUCACGAGAAGGAUGGAGUGGAAUACCACUUUGUUUCUAAACAGGCGUUUGAUGCCGAUGUCCAAAACAACAAGUUCAUUGAGUAUGGAGAAUACAAGGAGAACCUUUAUGGAACCAGCCUGGAGGCCAUUCGCUCUGUCCAGGCCAAGAAUAAGCUCUGUAUCGCGGACGUACAGCCGGAGGCUUUGAAGACCUUGCGCACAGCGGAGUUCAAGCCGUAUGUGAUCUUUGUAAAGCCCCGUAUCCCAGAAAGCCAGCCACAUCACACUACUGGUACCUCACCAGCAGGGGGCGAGCAGUACCGCAUCACGGAUGAAGACCUGGAGGAGAUGCGGCAGUCUGGAGCACAGAUGGACCAGCAGUAUGGGCACUGGGUUGACCGGGUUCUGGUCAAGGAGGACAUGGCCAGCGCGUGUGCAGAGCUGCGGGGAAUCCUGGAGCGGCUGGAGAGGGAGCCCUCCUGGGUGCCAGUCAUCUGGUUGCGCCCUUAACAUCUCCCCCAGCUUCAGGCCUCUGGCCCCUGGUACCCUCUCCAGAACCCUUCUGUGACAGCUGCCUUUUGUCCUCUUCCUUCCUGCCCCCCUUUCAUUGAACUCAUCUUCGCCUACAGUGGAAAGGACCGGCUAAAAAUCGAACCCUGAUCUGGAAGUUGGGAACGGCAUGCCUGAAUCACAGAGAAUUCAUCUUGGUACCUCGGACACUCCACACAUUCUUCGGUUUGCCUUCUACACAUUUAAAUCCUCUAAAAGUCGCAGCACUUCUGGGUCCACAGAAAUCAGUUUUUCGGGGGAGGGGCAGGACCCCAGUGUUGACAUCAUUGAAAGACAAUGUCACCCUGAACCUGCUUAUGGUUCCUACAUAAAUAAUCAGGACAGCAUGGAACUGCAGGUUUGGAUUUUAGGACUCAAUUUUUGGACAAGAGACCUAUAGGUUCAUCAUGGUAUAUUUUUUCUUAAUUUAGUUAUUUAUUAACUGGAAUGUCAGCUGCAUUUAGACUGCUGUUAUUCAACUGGAAUCGGGAAGCUGCCUUUGACCGCAACAAGACCCUGAUUCGAACCAGGACUGCAUCCCUUCCUGCCGUUCCUCUCACUGUUCCAGUACAAGGUGAUCUAGAUGCCAUGUUGAUUUGACAUGGAAGGCUGAACGACCCUUGGAAAUUUUCCAUAACCUUUAGUGGUAGCUGACAGCCAUCUCUGUCUCUGAAGUUCCCAUGAACAUUUAAGAAAGACUGUUUUAACCACGCGGUGCUUCCAUACGUCUUUCCAUCACCUUAUGGCCACAAGGGGAGCCAGUGUGAAAUUUGGUGCGCUGUGAAAUGCUUUCCAGAGCGAACCCGACAGCAGGAACAAAUCCAAAGGCUUCCACUGCAAAAAACGAUGUGUGGACAUUGAAAUAUAUGACAAAAUGUAAUCCAAUGUAAUUACAAAACAGAAAUCACAUAACAUGAGAUGCCUUGAAUGCGGUUUACGGUAUGUUGUCUUAUACUGGUCUCUUAAUUGUGAAACCGUGGCCUAUUGUACUUGGGAAGAAAAGAAGGUUAAUCUAGUUCAACAAGAUAGACGAUAAUAGCUGCACGAGUAUCAAGAUAAUGCAAAUAUCAGUUUGUUUGCAUUUCAAAUACAAUUAAACUUUGGGUGAAAUCUU